UUCCCUUUUCGUGAAAUGAAAGAUGCUCCAUGGUGUGGACAUUGCAAGUCUCUAGCUCCUCAGUAUUCAAUAGCUGCCAAAACUCUCAAAGACAGCGGAUCCAGCAUAAAACUAGCCAAGGUGGACGCAACGGUCGAGACCCAACUCGCCGGAAAAUAUGGAGUCAGGGGAUAUCCCACUCUCAAGUUCUUCAGGUCCGGAAAAGAUAGUGAAUAUGCAGGAGGAAGGACAGGGCCAGAAAUUGUUGCUUGGCUGAACAAGAAGACCGGACCACCUGCUGCCACCAUUGCAUCCGUUGAAGACGCCGAGGCUUUCCUCGCUGACAAGGAAGUUGCCGUCAUUGGAUUCUUCAAGGAUGUCCCCCAGACAUUCCUGGAUGUUGCUGUUAACAUUGAUGAUAUUCCAUUUGCAAUCGUCUCUGAUGAUGCCGUGAUCUCACACUACGAAGCUAAAGAUGGCAGCAUUAUUCUUUUCAAGAAGUUUGAUGAAGGCAAGAAUGUGUUUGAAGGUGAGCUGACCUCAGAGGAUUUGACCAGCUUUGUGAGGAAGAACAGCCUGUCAGUUGUCACCGAGUUCGGAGAAGAGACUGCCAGCAAGAUCUUCGGAGGAGAGAUCAAAAUCCACAACCUACUCUUCGUCAAGAAGGACUCCGAUGACUUCAAGACCAUCUACGAUCAGUUCUAUGCUGCUGCUACCACCUUCAAAGGAGAGGUUCUUUUUGUUCUUAUUGAUGCUGCUGCAGAGUCUAACUCCAGGAUCCUAGAAUACUUUGGUCUUGGUGACGAGGAGGUCCCCACUGUCCGUCUCAUCACCCUCGACGGCGACAUGAAGAAAUACAAACCCACCGUACCUGAACUCACCACAGAAUCACUCUCUCAGUUUGUUAUUGACUUCAAAGACGGCAAACUCAAGCCUCAUCUGAUGUCAGAGUCUGUCCCUGAAGACUGGAACGCCAACCCAGUCACCAUUCUUGUAGGAGAAAACUUUGCUGAAGUCGCACUUGAUCCUACUAAAGACGUCCUUGUUGAAUUUUAUGCCCCAUGGUGUGGACAUUGUAAACAGCUUGCUCCCAUUUAUGAGGAGCUUGGAGAACAUUUCAAGGAAAGAGAGGAUGUAGUUAUUGCCAAGGUGGAUUCAACUAAAAAUGAAGUAGAAGAUGCUGUCGUUCGCAGCUUCCCCACACUAAAGUUCUGGAAGAAGGGAGAAAAUGAGAUGGUCGAUUAUAGUGGCGAUAGAACAUUGGAGGCCAUGAUCCAGUUUGUCGAGUCAGGCGGAGAAAUAAUCGCCGAGGUCGAUGAUGAGGACAUGGAGGAGGAUGAGGAGAUUGACGAGGGAGCCGAGGAUCAAGCCAAGGAUGAACUUUAAAGGAACAUAGCUCUAACAAUUGAUUUCAUUUUCAUUAGGUUUAAUAGGCUUUUAGCACAGGUCUGCGUCCAUCCCAAGUCUUAGUACUGAUCAAAGCUUUCAUAGAUUUAGCAAUACAAAACAGAAGUAAGGAGGAACACCUUCCACAAUGCUAGUUUCAUUUCAUAUGACAACCUUGAUUUUGUUGUAAGAUUUUGCUUUUGUUUUUAUAUAUAUAUGUGGAGAAAAAGAAAAAAAAACACCAGGUGAAUUAUCAAAAUGCGAUGUCUUCUAUUGUAGUGUCUUUAUGUGGUUGGGUGAUUGUGGUCGUAGAAUGAUAGGUAUUGUUUUUCCCAGACAUCAUUAUAUCAAUAAACACUUAUAAUCAAAGCACGAUUAGUGUACAAAAUUAUUUUUAUUUGUAGCUUUUAAUUUGCCCUGAAAAGUGGUCAUUAUGAUAUUAAAAUGUGUGCUUCCAUCAGAAAACUAUUGAUGUGGACUUCAUCAUAAGCAUGCAAAUCAUGUCUUGAUUGUAUUGUUGUAAUUUGAUUUUUGUUGUUGAUGGUUUUCAGAGUGAGCACAUCUUACAAUUAAGUGACAACACAUGCUUUGAUAUGUAGGUAGAGACUUGGGUUGGACCAUUCUUUCUUUUCCCAUUAAUUCCCUGGUAACUUUCUGCUUUUUCAAUCUUUUUCCCCCCAAGUCAUUCCAUAUCUUUAAAAUCUUUUGUCUUGGAAAAAGAAAAUGCAAAGAAUGGUCCGUCGUAACUUAUAUCAAUCGCAAUUACAGGGUACUCUCGGUAUAACGAGCAUGGGUAUUUUGUUUAACGAGGGAAUUCCCAUGGUCUGCAAUAUAUAUAUGGGCUUUUCAGUACAACCUUUAUCAUUACAUUUAGGCAUAAAGAAAAAAACCUGUCAAGCUAAAUGAUGUACAAGACUCCAUAUCACGAGAGUGCCCUGUAAUAUUACAUGUUUUGAUGUUCAUUGAGGGUUUGUUUUUUUUCCUUCUGUUUUUUGUUCUUCAAUGUUUGGAAUUUUAAAGAUAUAUCGGUGAGCAGUAUUUUUAAAGUUGUGAUGGUUUCUUAUACCAUAAAUUUGAUUUCAUGUGUAUUACAACAUUCAAGUGUGAGUCGAGUAUAACUAUGACAAGGCGAGAUAAAUCUCUCAAAAUAAUCAGUGCCUAUUGGUGUUAAGAGCUUGGUUUACACGUGACGCAUUAAACUGCCUCCAAAAUUUGCCAAGGCAAAAUAAAAAUACAUUUUGACCUGCAAGUGAAUUACAAGGGGUGUGAAGGAGAAGUAGCCGAUUAAUACAACAGAUCCUCUGCAUUCUCUCCUAUCCCUGCAUUGUCAGAUACAGAAAUGUCAACUGCACUGUUCACAUGGUUAUUUUGUUGCAUCACGUUCAUUGCGUCGUGUGUGAACAAGGCCAAAUACCUCUCUGAAUUCCUGUUAGAAGGUACCAUAACUCUUGUCAUACAUGUAGAUAAGUAUUCACAAACUUAUGUCCAGACCUUAUUUUUUGGUUCUAGCAUCACUGUCACGCUGCCAUUACUUGCGAAAAAUAUUACAUUUUAUGCAUUCUUAAGGUACACAUAUAUUAAUUUUAAUAAGUUAUGUUGGUCAUCUUCAGAGAUAUAUAAAGUAAACUUCAGAAUAUAUUUUGACAAGUCAAACUGUUUAUCUUCAUAUGGUGAAAGUGGUAUGAAUUUAAACUAAUCUGUAUUUAAAACAGAGAUAUAUAUAUUUAAUUUUGUGGAGUUGAAUCACGACUACUGUUAUAAACAGCUGUGUUUUUAUGCAGUUGCCUAAGGUGCAGAACACUGCCCCGUGUAUCAUGCAAGGUUACAUACUAAGUAUGUAUGCAAAACUUCAUUUUAUAUUCAUAACUUUCUUAAUAAUGUAUCAUUAUUUCUUUUGAAAGGAAGAUUCCCCCAUCGGUUCCAUUUUUAUGAAACCUUUUUAUCUCAAGUUUUUUGUUCGUAAGGUUCAUUCUUGGUUUGAUUACCUCCCCAAUAAAAUAAAAAAAAUAA